AUGCCUUCCAACUUCGCACAACCGACCUGCCCGCUGAACAGAGACACUUCCCCGGCCACUGUCGGCUUACGAUCCUUUCAUUCCACCUCACACAACUGGCGGAGUACACCGCAGUAUACCUACCACGUCGCGGCAUCCUAUUCAGCCAAGCAGGAUCGCUUCAAUGCGGAGCAAAAUCUCUUCACACAACCAGUGCAUGACCCCAGCAUCAGCAAUGAGGAUCUGCGCGACUGCAAGGAGUCCAUUGACAAGCGGAGACGAGCGAGAAGUGGCCAGGAUGCUUUCUUUUUCAGCCAGGUGGGAAACACAAAAACCACAACAUUUGGUGUAGCGGAUGGAGUCGGAGGAUGGGUCGAGUCUGGACUGGACCCAGCUGACUUCUCCCAUGGCUUGUGCGAGUACAUGGCUUGCGCAGCGCGCUCAUGGCCACACGGUUUCAACACGACAGCAUUACACCCAAAAGACUUGCUCCAGGUUGCGUAUGACGAGGUCACAGAUGAUGACAGCAUUGAGGGUGGUGGUAGCACCGCAUGUCUGGCUGUUGCAGAACCGGACGGCAACGUCGAGGUAGCCAACCUAGGAGAUUCAGGAUUCAUGCACCUGGGAUUGAACGCAGUACGACAUUUCACGCAGCCACAGACGCACGCAUUCAAUACCCCGUAUCAGCUCUCCAAAACUCCCCAACGUAUGCUAGUGCAAAUGGCUGUAUUUGGAGGCCCAUCCACACUUUCGGACCUACCCAAGGAGUCGAGUAUAACGCACCACAAAGUACGCCAUGGCGAUGUCCUCGUCUUCGCAACUGAUGGUGUGUGGGACAACCUGAGCCCUCAGGAUGCGCUCGGUAUCGUUAGUCGUCACAUGGUCGAUCUGGGUGCUUGGGUAGAGAAAGAUGGCACCAUUGAAGUCGGACAAGACCUAGCGAAGCUGGUACAGGCCGACUCAGCUCGGAAAGCCGACAGCUCAUCCCUCCAAGCCAAAGUGGCGGUUGCAAUCGCGAAAGAGGCCAAAGUAACAGGGCUGAACACUCGUCGAGAUGGACCGUUCGCUAAAGAGGUGCAAAGGUACUACCCUGGGGAGAACUGGCAUGGCGGCAAACCGGAUGACAUUGCUGCCGUGGUAGCUGUUGUACUAGAGGAUGCACCUCAGCGAGCAAAAUUGUGA